CAGCUGCGGCCAAAGUUUGCUCUGGCCGAAAACCAACAGCAAGCCCCAGAAACUAAGCCAAAUAAAUUUAAUAAUUGCCGUCCUGAGAAGUUGAUAGGAUGGGUAAAAACAAAGGAGGCGGUGGCGGCGGCGGAGGAGGAGGUGGUGGAGGUGGCGGAGGAGGCGGCGGCAAUAAAAAAGGCGGCGGAGGCGGUGGCGGGUCCGGAAAUAAAAACAAAGGCGGCGAUGGAGGCGGCGGUGACAAAGGUGGAGCCAAGAAAGGACAGGACCAAAAGGCAGCCGCAGGCGGCGGCAAGAAGGGAGGCAAGAAAUAGCAACGGUGGCAACAUCAAAGCGCAUUAAAAAUUAAAAAUUUAGAGUUAAGUCGAAAUUAAAAGUGAUAUCAGGGAUUAUGUAUCCAUAAUGUA